AUGGCGGAUCACUGGAGUGGAAACUGAAUUUAGUCGAGUUUAGCUGCUAGUCUGCUGUUUCUGAAAAUGAAAAGGGAUUUAGGAAAGUACUGAGCCAUCAAAUUCAGAUAUGUAAAGGCUAAGAGGUGAAAUCGCAAGAUUAAGCUUCUAGUAAUCUUUCAAAAUGUACAAAUAAAAUAUCUCGUUUGUGAUGGAAAUAAACAUCUCUGAAAGUUCUGUAACUUCUUUAGUGGAUAAACUAACAAAGAAAAUAUUCUCAGAGGACAACAGUAUUCAAAAUGACAGUCCUUUUAAGAUUCAUUUCAACAGGAAAGUCUGUAAACGACUUAGAGAAAUUGUGUUUAAAAGCUUGUUAUCAAGACAAAGUGAAGAAACUGGGCAGGAUUUCAAUGUACGAGAAAGAUUGUCCAUUGUCAGCUUUAAAUUAAAAGCAUAUGGUUUAGAGAGCAAAGCAAAUCACUUGGAGAGAUUGGUUUCAAGUCUUGAUUUUACUGAAAAACAGUCGACAGUUUAUACAGGAUGCUUUGAUGCAAUUUAUGAGAUUGAAGCAAUCAUAAAGAUUUUGCUGGAUCUUUCAACUGAAGCAGAAAUGUUAACUCGCAAUCCAUGUGAAGUUUGGAGAAAAGUUGAUUCUUGCUACCAGAGAUCUGCACAAAGUAUAUCACUUGACAGUGGAACUGGUGAAAAUGAAGUCAACAUAGAUUAUCGAUAUUUUCCAAAACAUAUUUUUGAAGCAUUGCCAACAUUUGGUGUACCAAAGCAAGGUUUUGAAAGUAAUGACAGUAUACAAGUUGAUAUUUUUAACCAAGAGCCAGGGUCUUGUGGUCUGACUAAAUGGUUUGGUGCCAAGACAAAGGAUUCAUUUAAUGAAAGAACUAGAAGUACUUUGUAUAGUGCAUUAAUCCACAGCAAAACAUCAGAUAUGAAGGUGACGUUGGAACUACCAGAGUUAUCAACUCAGCAAGAUUUUAGGUUGAAACCUCUAUUAAAAAGUCAGGUAACAGAAGAUGAAGGUUUUGAGGAUGCUUCAGAUGAAUUAUCAACCAGCUCUGCUUUAAGUGAUGACUCUGGUAUUUGUGGUUUGGAGAUCUGGGAUGAAGCACUUAAGUUAAAGUCUCCUCGGUUUUAUACUUGGGAAGGAAGAAAACAAAUUACUCCUAAAGGAUGCAAGCAUUUUGUUACUGAAGCUGGUCCAGAGGUCAUCAAUUAUUUAUGUGAUAUGAGAAUAGCAGAGGCCUCGUUUCUUAUUAACUCUCAUCCGGAGCAACUGAGAUAUCUGAAGAUGACUGAAUUCAUCAGAGAUUGUCUGUUAGUAAUCAUUGGAGUUCCAUCACAAACAUUUCACCUUGAAAAGAGUACUGCAUCAUUCCAUGUGUCAACAGAAGUACGACUCUCUGGUUGUUCGCCUGACUCGUUACAGAAAACAUUGACUCAGAUUGCAGAGAUUGGAACAAAUUAUUUCCGCCUCAACAAGUUUACAACAUGUCAAAGACAUUCAAAUCUCAUAAGAAGUAGCGUGUUAAGAGCGUUUAUAUCUGGUCUCAGAACCUUCAUACAGAAAUAUAGACAAUCUGUUGUAACUGUCAAAGCUUCAAGCGUUCAAAGUAUUUUAGAAUUAAGUACGAAGUUCAGAAAACAAGCAUAUGAGUUGAAGUUUCUUUCUGAUAUAUGUAUGUGCUCAGAAGGUUUUGCCGCAGAAUACGGUAAACCAAAGCCAAAGUUUCCUGUGGGAGCAAAGUUACUGACCUAUCUCUAUGAAUUAUGUUUACGAAAUAUGAAUUCACCUGUUUCCAGUUUGAUCCUAUAUUUAUUGAAAGUCGCUUGUACUCCAUAUUUAAGGUUUAUUCAGCAAUGGGUAUUCAAAGGAAAAUGUGUUGAUUUUUACAAAGAAUUUAUGAUAUUUGAAAACGAUGUUUACUUGGCACAUAGAGACAAACAUUACUGGACAAAUGGUUAUGUAAUGUCGGGGACUGAUAAAAUGGAAGGUGUCCCAGUUUUCCUCAAAGAACUUUCUAAAGACAUGUUUAUUUGUGGAAAGUCAAUUAACUUGCUAAAGCUUUGUUGUCCCGAGCAUCAUAUAUGCAACCCAACAGUAGAGAUACCAGUUAUGAAGGUCACAUACUCUCUUAGUUCCUUGCAUCACAUUUCUGACUGCAGCCGAGAGUAUGCAGAAAAGAUGCGUAAACUACAACAAAAUAUUAAAUUUGAAUGGUUAAGAAAGAAAAAUGAGGAGAUAAACAAACAAGAGGAACUGGUAGCGAGGGAACGUCAAAAAGCUAACAAAGAAUUGGCUGAAAUUCAAGAACUGGUAGAAAAGGCGAAGAAAGCUCUUGCUGAAAAAAGAAAAGAGGAGUUAAACUUUCUUAAACAGCAGAUGGAAGACGCGAUAAAUAGAAAAGAAUUUGAAAGGAAAGAAGCGGCCGAGGAAGAUAAACGAAUAGCAAGAACAUCGUUGAAAUAUGAAGUGACCACAGCUAAGAUAGAUGACGAAAUAGCCGAACAAGCAAGGCAAGAAUUAAUUCAAUACUACGAAGAAUUAUCGAGAGAGGCAGAACUUCGUGAGAAGCAUGCAAUGUGGUUAGUCAAUCGUCACGCAUUAAAGAAUAAACGAGACACGUUCUUGGAACACGAGAACGACAAGUUAAACGAAAUGAAAGAAGGAAUAUCAAAAAAACGGGAUAAGGACAACGGACAAGCAAGUGAAGUUGUUAGAAAUGAGAGAACGGCAAAUAUGUCCACUGCGCAAGAUUUAAUAUACAAUCAAGAUAACUUGGUAGAGUCACAGCCAAAAAACACCAGAAUAGGUCAAGCAAUGAGAUCUACAGCACAAGAAAUAAUCUACCCAGAUGUGGCUACCACAGAUGUGGCUGAUGACAUCAAGAAAGUUGCUGUAAAAGCAAGUGACUCUACUAUACAAGACCUCAUGUACCCUCCCCCCAGAGUCACAACACAAAAUGUUGUUCUAGAUAAUGCUGACAUAACUAUCCGGCAACCAUCGACAAACACUGGUGUUGAUGGUUCCAAGACAAUACCUCCAGCCAUGGAUUCUAGCGUACAAAAUCUGAUAUACCAUUCGGAGGAACACGGGCGCACUGCAACACACUCUGGAUCUCUAUCUGUUAGAGUCAAAGGUAUCAAGACAGUUACUCGGGCUAUGAGUUCUACAGUACAGAAUUUAAUAUACAGUCCGUCUGAACAAGAGGCGAUGGUACCAAGUACCAGUUCUGUUGACUUAGCUAAGCCACAAGCCACAGAUUCAACAGCACAGAACCUAAUGUAUAACUCGUCCAAUGAAACAGCAGUACAGCAUACGAGCUCCCGUGGUUUUGGUAAUGCAUUUCAAUCCACCAUUCAACAAUUCAUGUAUGGUGAUGGUGACGCCGUUGAUGGUACCAGAACAAUUGCAACUUCUCGCGGAUAUGAUCAACCAAGUGUAAUGAAAGAUAUCCUCUAUCCUGAUGCUGUUAGCCUAGACACCAACCAGGUGGUACCUAGAUCUACCAGAGGCAGCGCACCACCAAGUACCAUUCAGAAUCUGAUGUAUCGUUCUUCAAGUGUUAUUGAAGAACCAGAGCAACCUAAGAAACCACCGCUGACUCAUGAAGACGUUUGGCUUGCCACACAGUUCGAAUCAUUGCCGGAUAACUUUGACAUCUUAGACAAUGAACCUUUCGGGGAUAUUUUUGCACGUGUCAUUUCUGAUCAGCCUGAAAUACUGAAUGGAGAGGAAUUCGAUAGUGAUGAUGAUGUUGAUGAGAAUGACGCCUGUAAUGUUUUGUGUCUUCCGGUUAUUUUAAAAAGAUGUGUUAAGGAACCACUUACAACCCAAAUCGAGAUGGUAAACUCUGCAGUAGUUCGUUAUUUCAUGGAUAACCUCAAGCUUGUUGAACAUUUUGAAACUUUGAAGAAAUUUCUUUUGAUGGAGGAUGGCGAGUUUUCUUACUCGUUGACACAACAGCUCUUUGAAAAGAUCUCAACUGGCGUAACACCAGAACAACUGUGUUGUAUUUCAUCACUGAACUCAAUCAUGGCUCAGUCUAUUCAAUCCUCGGUGUACGCAUGUCGCUCAGAAAACAGCAGUAGUUUAUCUUUUGUUCUCAAGUCAAUUCCUGAUAUUUUCAAGAGAAAUGAUGUAAAAGUUUUGGAUUUUAUUGGAUUAAGAUACAAGAUUCAAUGGCCAGUUAAUAUUAUCAUCACAGAGAAUUGUAUAACAAAGUAUAAUAGAAUAUUUGCGUUCAUCUUGCGACUAAAAAGGAUCGCUUGGAUAUUACAAGAUAUACGAUAUUCACUUAAACGAAUUGACAAAUGUGCCAGUAAUUCACCUCAGCUUCGAAAAAUCCACUUAUUCAGGCAUGAGAUGAGUCAUUUUGUUAACGAUGUUCAGGGUUAUAUAUCUAAUCAAAUACUUCAUGUUAGCUGGCAGGAAUUUUUGAAUUCUUUGGAACAUAAUGUUCGUAACCUGGACGAUCUUCAUGAUUGUCAUGCAGACUAUCUUAACAAGUCAUUAUUUCGAGCUCUCCUCAACAAGAAAGCAGCUCCAGUCAUGAAUAUCAUCACAGAUCAAAUCUUUACAAAAGUUUUGAAAUUCCAUACGCAACUCGUCUCAUCUUCAUGGAGUGUUGAUCAGAGCUCGGGUCUGGUCGUUCAUCCAGCAUUUUCUUUGCUUUGCUCAACUUACGAGUCAUUUAAGGAAAGCACGUGUUUUCUCCUCACAGUUAUCAACAAACUAGUGAACCGUGGUUAUCAACCUCAUCUGGAAGAACUUUUACUAAGACUUAACUUCAAUUCGUACUAUGAUAAAAGUAUUUCAACUCCAAAUUCACCGACUUUUGUAGUCUAAUAUUUUGUACGUAUCUUACAAACUAGGCAUUCAUGUAUAAGUAUAAGCUAGUUAAUUUGCACUAAUCAACGGCGCGUCUGACUGAACGAUACCUAGGGAAGACAGUAAAGACUUUUUCUGAAACGACUUUUCAAGUGGUGCGUGUUUAAAGACAAGUGUCCCAGCGUUUAAUUCUCACCAUUGCCUCCCCCGUUGGCUGGUAUACUAAAUUACUUUACAAAUAUAUAGAGAAAGUGCUUUUAGUGUAGGCUUUGCUGAUUAUUUCGUAAGGUACAAUAGGUUUUAAUAUUUAAUCUCAAACAAAAUAGA